ACGUCCAAGUGUUUAUUUUCUGUGUUUGGGACGUCCCACCACCUCCCUUUUCCAUCCCAUCUCCUUCCUGAGAGCUCCUAUAAAAAUCCCAGGAAUCCCAACUGUGUAGCAGACCCCUGAAAGUGUGUCCACAGUGAGCUUGAAGGAUGGCAGGGAUUACUUUGACGCUUUUGUUUGUGGUGUUUCCUCUUUACAACACAGAGGAGCAUGUCGUUAAUGGUCUGUACACGCUGAUAGAAAAGGGUCAGAGCAGCUUUGUGGAUCCAGCUCUGAGCAAUCAGAGCAGACUGGUGGUUAAAGAGCCCAACCUGCCCAUCAACGAACUCCUAGAGAAGAGCAGCAAGAGCAGCGAGUCCAAGUUCAGCCUCCAUCCUCUUCCUUCUGCUGUGUGGCCCAAGCACACUGACCUGGCUCACAUCCCCCACCACCACAGUCCCCACAGCAAGAGCAAAAAGGGCCCAAAGAGCGACCGUUCUGAGGAGCACAACAGUGAGAAAGCCAGAGGAGAAGUUGCUGGUCUGCAUCCCAAAACCCAGGUCACAGCAGCUGCAGGGGCUUCCACCAACCGCACAGUACAGAAACCCAGUCAGGACGCUCAGUCCAACGUCAGUCCUCCUCAACAUGGCGAGCCAGAGGGACACCCCAACUCCAGACCCAGGGCGCCGCCUCAGACCCAACCUCAGGCUCAGCCACAACAACCAGCUGUUCCCCCGCGCAAAGAUCCCCCCAACCGACGCAUGGACCCAGAGGAGAACCGGCCAGGGAAGUCCAGUCUCUAUCAGUCUGGCAUCAGUGCAGCAACCCGGAACAACAGCCGCCCACCGGUGAUCUUUAACCGGCGCUCCUCCAGCCUGCUUUAUCAGUUUGACAUCAUGCGGCGAGAGUCCGACUUCACACAUGACGCCGUCUGUGUGAGCGAGUGCAGGAAGGAGAAGGACGAGAAGGAGCAUUACUGCUACAGUGAAUUUGCUGUCAAUGGGAUUGUCCAUGACAUCGACGUGUUACGCAGAGGAAUCCGGCUCAUUACGCUGAUGGUCAGCAGUGAUGGCUUCUACAAGAUGAGCCGUCUGUACGUGACCCCUGACAGCUUUUUCUUCAAAGUGCGCCUUCUGGUCCUGGACACCUACAAGUGUAGCAAGCCAUGCCCUGACAUCAAACUGGGGACCAGAUACAUCAUAAUGGGUCAGAUCUACCACCGAAGACGCCACCUCCCCUCUGACCUCCUGAACCUGCUGGGUGGUAAACUGAAGCCCGGGGACGGCAUCCUGAGAAGCAACAGCUACGUCAAGAGAUACAACAAGCGGCGACACCAGAAAGCUCUGGAGGCCACGCGCUCCAGGUGUAGGUGAACCAGAGAUAAGACUAUCGCCCCUCGCUGCAGGGGAAGAGACACUGCAGCAGACGUGAACUGAUCUCACGUAGACAGAAGACAUGUGGCGAAAGCAUCGACUGAGUUUCAUAUGGACUGCUUUGAUGCUAGCCAAAGACUGGAUCAUCUCCUUUUUACCGAUCUUUGAAAAUCCACAGUUGCUGGCUUGUGAUCUUUUUUCUUUUCUUUCUUUCUUUUUACAGAAACCACAAGCAGCUACAAUUAAAUGGGUUUAUGAUGUUUUUUCCAUGAGGCAAAUGUUAUUUUGUCAACAUACAAACUCUUCAUCCAUUCAUGGCUGGUUCAUGAAAUCCUUGCAUUAAUAAGGCAUUGCAUGUAAAAGGGAAAUUUGGCUCAUCUUUAGUUCACAUAUUACAGAGUGGGAAUAUUUUUAUGGAAGAGUAAUGCUUUUACUUGAGAAAAGGGUUUUCUGAAUAAACAUUUAAAUAGUAAAUCAUAACCUUUAACCCUACAAUAUCAGGAUAUUUGAUUUUUGUCUUUAAAAAAUCAUUCUCAUAGU